GGCAACUUCGAUGCCGUCCUCUCCAACUCCAACCCGCCACCGCGCGUCUGCCCACCGUCAUCGCAAGGCCUCCCGUCACCUGCCAUGCGCCGCCGCACCAUCGCCGCCGCGCCCGGUGGCUUCCUCCACCUUUCCCUCCUCGCCUCCCUCCGCCGCCGCCCUUCUCUCCAGGCGCACGGGCAGCUCCUCCUCCUCGGCCUCCCGCUCCCGCCCGCCGCCGCCUCCCGCCUCCUCCGCCCGCACCUCCGCGCCGGCCACCCGCUCGCCUCCCUCCGCCUAUUCCUCCGCAUGCUCCGCGACCAUCAGCGUUCCGCAACCGGCGCCACCGCCUCCCAGGAGCAGGAGACCGUCCCCAACUCCCACUCCCUCUCGGCAGCACUCGCGGCCUGCUCCCGCCACGAGUCCCCUUCCCCCGGCUUCUGCAUCCACGCCUUCCUCCUCAAAUCGGGAUUCGCCUCCGACAUCUUCGCCACGAACUCGCUCCUCCAUUUCUACGCCUCGUUCGGUCUCCACUCCCUAGCGUGCAAGCUGUUUGACGAAAUGCCGGCGAAGGACACCGUGUCGUUCAACACUCUAAUCGAUUCGUACGUGCAGUCUGGAAGUAUUGAUGGCGCUUUUGGGGUGUUCAGGAAUAUGGUGCAGGGAGGGUUCCGGCUGGAUGGAUGGACCAUCACAGCGUUGCUGGGCGCAUGUGCUGAGUUACGCGAUUUGAUGGUGGCAAAAGCUGUGCAUGGGGUUGCCAGGAGAGCACUGAGGCUGAAAUUGUUCAACUCUGAACAGGUAGUGAUUGGGUUAGUGAACAUGUAUGUGAAGUGUGGGGCAGUGCAGCUUGCCAGGAAGGUGUUUGAUUUGUCGGAGGAGAAAGCAAAGGGUGUGAGGAUUUGGAGUGUAAUGUUGUCAGGGUAUGCGAGGGCUGGGGAGAUCGACGUGGCUCAAAGGUUAUUUGAUGAGAUGCCCAAUAAGGAUUUGGUUGCAUGGACAGUUUUGAUUGGUGGAUAUGUGCAGGCAGGUAGAUACAAUGAGGCACUUCGGUUGUUUGAGGAGAUGGAAGCGACAGGACUUGAGGCUGAUGAGGUGACAGUUGUCACAGUGCUUUCAGCUUGUGUCCAGCAUGGUGCAAUUGGUUUGGCAAAAAGGCUUCAUCAUCAUAUGAACCAGAAUGGAUUGAUUAGCAGAAAUGCAAGAGUAGCCACCAGUUUCGUGCACAUAUAUGCAAAGCAUGGGUGCAUACAGACAGCUAUGGAUGUGUUUCGUGGAGUUGUUGAUGAAUUCAAGACUGUCGAGUUGUUUAAUGCUAUGAUACAUGGACUUGCUCACCAUGGUUAUGGGGAGAAAGUUAUUUCACUUUUUGAUGAAAUAGAACCACUGGGGCUCCAUCCUGAUGCGACCACAUUUGUGGGUGUCUUGUGUGCAUGCAGUCGCAGUUGCUUGGUCAUGCAAGGGCGUGAGAUGUUCAAUUCAAUGUUGGACAAGUACGGUGUCAAACCAGAUGCCAAGCAUUAUGCUUGCAUGGUUGAUCUCCUUGGAAGAGCUGGACUGCUUGACGAUGCUUACAGCUUUAUCCAAAAUAUGCCUUGUGAAGCAAAUCAUGUAAUAUGGUCAUCUCUUCUGACAGCUUGCAAGAUCCAUGGAAAUAACAAGAUUAGAAAGCUUGCAGAGAAGCAAAUUCUCAAGUUAGAUACUACCUACAAGCCUGAAAAGCUAUCUUUAUCUGGUUUAUUUUCUGAUGAGAAGAGGAAGGCAGCUGCAAGGGUGAGAAAGGUUAUAAGGCGCAAAUCUGAGCACAGGCAAACCCGCUAAAGGUGGCGUGGAAUGGUAAUGUUCAUCUGAUUGCAGUUAUUGAUACUUCCCAGAUCCAAUCUCAGGCAAAGGUGAUUCAUUAUUGUAAUCCUUGCCAUUACCAAUCCCUUUGUAUGUGUGGUUAUAGGUUAGGUUUGAAGACCCAGGACCCUAAGGUCGGUGUUCCCCAGUAAGAAGGCAUAACUGUUCUCAGGCAGUAACUUGAGUAGGCUUUCAAAGAAGGUGAUAGCCAACCACAGGGAAAGCUUGCUCUCAGUAUUACUUAUGAUCACAACCUUCCUGGAGACGUGAACUAUCACGGCCAACUCAAGAUAGGGCAUAAGUGAUCAUGGGAAAGCAGGAACAGUGCAAGGUUGAUGGUUCCAAGACUUAUGUUUUGAAGUUUGACAUGCACUGCCAAUGCCAUGGUUGUAUCAAGAGGAUCAAUGAUGGGGUAAAGGAAAUUAACCUUUCAGAAGGGGUGGAGAGGGCUGAUCUUUUAAUAGAGACAGGAGAGGUGAAAGUGUCUGGGAGAAUGGACCCGGAGAAGCUACGUUCUCUGUUGCAUGCGGUGACAAAGAAGUGUGUGGAAAUAGUUACUCAAAGCACCCUGUCUGAAGGACACACUGCACCAUUUCAGCAAAGCAAGAACGUAUGUGGUCAGGCGGCUCCUGAAUGGUUGGCCUUCCCCGUAACCCCGAGAGCCCCGCCGUUGCCGGAGGGUGCAUUGAGCGAGACGGUGGCUUCAGAACGGUGCUGGUACCGCUGGUCGGCGCCCUCGAGCUCGUACGGCGUGUGGGCUGCAUCGGACAUGACAGCGAUGCUGGCCAUGUACGAGCUCUGAGCUGCAUAUCCGCACCCGCAGAUGCCCCAGUUGCUUGCUUGCUCCUAGACUAUCAGCCGUAGAUGAUGGGUUUGUAAUUUUGAAAGAUGUGGGAAUGCGGGAUGGCUCUGUUUGCUUCAUCGCAGCAUUUGUAACUGCACUAGAAUCUAAAUUUUCUUUCUUUUAAGGAUGAGUGAGGCUUAGUAGUAGUCUAAUCGCUGAGCAACAAGCCUCCCUUUUGCCUUGGAUUGAGAUGUGAUGUCACUGGGCGACGCUACGAA